CUACCACUCGCGAGUUGUUUUCAACUUUUUUAUAUGUGGUUUGGAGUCAAGAUCGAGUGUUGAUUUCACGUAAUUUCUCACACACGUAGAAUAUUUAUCUAUAAAAGAAAUUUCUUAAUUUAAAAAAUGGUAAAUAAUUAAUAAACUCUUUUUGGUUUUUCAUUUUAAAAUAUGCUUGGUAAAUUUUAAAAUUUAAAUACCUAAAGUUAAAGUGCCUAAAUUUAUUAUCAAUAUAUCUUAUUUUGUGAUUAGACCAAAAUUACCGUAAUGAUCCUAAUGCCAUUUAUUUAGCAAGUAAUAUAAUUUAAUAUAAAAUUAUAGUUAUAAAUUAAUAAUUGCUGAAUGCUCUCUAUUUACUUUCUUAGUCUAAGGGUACAACAAUCAAAGAAGCAUUGGCAAAAUUUGUAAGUAUCUUAAAAAAUUUCAAUUUUUCUAAGUCAGUUAAAGACAUUAAGUCAUUAAGGUUAAGUGGUUGUCAAUUUUAGAUGGGAUUUUACUUUUACACUAGAGAAUGGGCUGAAAAAAAGCAAUAAUAAAAUUUGAGUGCUGUAUAAAGCAAUAGUAAUAGUCAGAGUUGUUAGAGUGCUACCCAAAGGGGAUUUAAACAUGCACAGUGAGUGAGUCAGGUAAAAUAUAAACAGUAUUUCUUACAGCCAUUUCUCUGUGGGGGCAUCCCCCCCCCCCCCCAAGCAAGUCAAGUGCCCCCCCCUUGGAGAAAAUAUGUUUGAUAAAAAAAAACAACAACUAAAUUGUGUCAUGUUUAAAAAGAAAAGUAACCAGUGCCUUAAGCCCAUAACAAUGAGUAGAACCUAUGAAAAUCAAUACACUCUAUACAUUUUUUAUUUUAAAAAAUGUUUAUCUUUUUACUUGGAAUUGACAGGAUUGCUUAUACUUAAAAAAACAAGCUAGUCUUUUGCAGUGUUAUGCAUUAACGAUAUUAUUUUUUAUGGCUGAAAUUUGUGGGAUGUUUUGUUUCUAGUCAAGACAGUUCAUAUCUGAAAUUCAAUAAACAUCUUAAGUCAAGUCUUAAGAACUUGGUUAUCAAAGACAGAAUGUUUUUUAAUACUUCAAUAAAUAAAUUUUGUGGCAAUAACAUUCGCUACUUUGUUAAUUUAUUCUGCUUAAAACAUAAAAACACCAUAAUUCAGUUAUUGUGUAUUUUCACACAAAUGAAACAGGAAGAAAAGAAUGGCAAAGCUAGUGAAUGCAAAGAGGUUAAACUAAUUGGCAUUUGUCCUCCUAUUGAGAAAAUGGAUGCUUCUUUAUCAACUCUCACAAACUGCGAGUAAGUAAGAUUAAUAAAAGGCUUAAAUAUCUAGUGACAAAAAUCAGGUAGCCAUAAAUAACCAGUUUAUUUAUUUGCAAUCUAUAAUAAUUUAACUUAUGGUCAAUAAAUGAGCAUUUGUACAAAUUCACAAAGUAUUUUUUCCAGCUGCUGCAACUUAUUUCUGUGAAUAACAGCCAUUUUGUAUAGUAGGCUUACCAUGUUUUGCAGUUACAUGGAGAAGAACCUCAUACCUCAGCAAUCUAUUUUUUUCCAGUGCAUUACUCAAUUACAUUUUCUCUUUUUUUAUAAAAGAAAAAACAAAUUAAAUGAAAUUGAAGUUUUAACUUAAAUGGUUAUUCUAAGCUUUACCUUUGAAUUUGUAUGUAACUGAUGAUUCAAUGUUUUCACUAUGUUUCAAAUAGGAGGUUGUCAUUGUCAACAAAUGCAAUUGAGAAAAUUGCCAACCUCAAUGGUCUAAGUAAGUGUAUACUAUUGUUAAGACAUAAGUGUAGGCCUAAUUUAGCCACUACCACUUGUCUCCCCUUUGCUUUGAUAUUGUCAUCACCAAUUAAAUGUGCAGUGCCACUCCUUUUAUCCACCCCUCCUUUCUUGAGAAAAGGUUGUUUACUUUCGAAACAUUCUACUUGUGUUGUCAGGUGAUGCAAUUUCUAAAUUUUCUUAUUUCUAUAGUGUUCUGAUUUAAUUCAUAUAUAUACAUAGGCCUGCAACUUUUCUAGCUGUAUUUCCUUUACGUUUACGAGACGUUAUAUAAUUGCAAUAUUUUAUGUUUGUGUGUAAAUUAAUAUUUGUAUUUUUUGAGGAGUGUAACUUUUCUCUUGCUGUGGUGUAAAUUCGUACAGUUUUUUUGUUUCUGUAUUUGAAUUUGUAUUUUUAUAGAAAUUUAGUUGUGUAAUCGAAAUGAACUAACUUUGAUAUUGUUUUCAUUUGUAUAUUAGUUUUUAAUUCUUUUGUUACAUAUGGUUCAUUCUACUAGCCAAAUCUUAAAGCAGAUUUAAUUUUCAAAACCAUAUAAUUUUAAAUGGUACAUAACAGUACUCAUGGAAUUGUCUAAAUAGGUUCAAUAGGGCUUGUCAUUUAAUGGCGGAAAUCUAUUAAUAGAACUGAUGUCACCAUUACUGAUCAUCCGGGUACUCAGCGCUGACAAAAUGUCAACACUGUUCAGUAUUACUAUGUUAGCGAAGUGUCCCUGAAACUUGUUUACAACUCUAUUUUACGAAAUAUUUUAUACAUUUUUUUUUUACUUCUGUUUUCUCAAAUGUGACUUCAUUGCGUGAACGUCAUAUGUAACAGUAACUCUAGAUACAAGGAUCGCCCGAACACACUAUAAGAUGCCAUGUUUUAAGCAAUAUUUGUCCGCGGACCUUCUAAAAAUAGUACGCUAUGACGUUUUCCGGUCUUAGAAAUGACAAAGCCUAUUGCUUAUUUUGCCAUCUACUGCAAGUGCAACAACCUAAUUAAAUUUAGUAACUAAUUUUAAAAGUUUGAAAUAAAAAAAAGGAUACAAUAUUUACUCGUAGCACUGGUGUUAGAAAACAUGUUGUACUCCAGCAGACUGAAGUAACCCUAAUAGUGGGCAUCAAAAUAUUCUAAAAUAUUGAGCAGCAUUCAUGUUUUUGAAAAAAGAGUACAAAACUAAGUCUGAUAUCCUGUGCUCUGUCUUGUAAAACAGAUUUUAUCCUAUUAUUUAAAUAUUCAAUUUUCACUAUUUUUACAGAAAAUUUGAAAAUAUUGUCUUUGGGCAGGAAUAACAUAAAAAGUUUGACAGGAUUGGUAAGCACAUUUUUAAAAUAAAAUUGUGCUAAAAAUUUAACUUUAAAAAAAAAAUUGUUACCAGCAUUAGUGUUUUUAUCAAUAAACAUCAACUUCAUUAAAAUUCUACUUUGUUAUUAUUAUUAUUAUUCAUCUUCCAUACAGUAAAUUUAAUGCAAAUAUUUUGAAUAAUGUGUUUGAUGAAAUAUAUGCCAAUGAGUAUUUAAUAAACAAGUAAUUGAGAUGUUCAUAUGAUUAUGAGUUUUGCAGCAGUUUAUAAGACUAAGGUUUGUAAAUGUUUAUUUGGAAUGUCUUUCCACAGGAAGCAGUGGGAGACACAUUAGAACAGCUUUGGAUCUCCUACAAUUUAAUAGAGAAACUAAAAGGCAUCAAUGUUUUAAAGAAGUUGAAGGUUUUCUACAGUUGUCUUUUUUUAUAUAUUCAUAUUUUAUUUCUUGAUGAGCUUCAAGAGCUACAUAAUUUAUUUAACUAAUUAGCUUAUUCCCAUUUCUCUCAAGAAACAACAUUAGGGUACUCAAAUUCUUAUCAUCAUAACCUAAAAGUAAGAUUUUAAGACAGAUGAAUAAUGUCAUGGUUGCUCAUAGAUUGUUGUUCGUCCGUCGAAGUCGACAAGUACCAUCGAAUCAUCCGGUUAGGGGCGGGCGGAGGGGUUGGGAUUACGGUGAGCUCUUAGGUGGCUUGUUAGACCGAUCCUUGCUCGGAAUAAUCUAUGACACCGUGGGCAUGGAAUAGUUGCUUCAUAGAUAGAUAGAUGAUGUCAUGUCUGGUCAUAUAAAAUUACAUGAUUUCAUGGCUGUUCAUAGACAUAAAUCAUGAGGUGGCGGCUCAUAUACAGAUACAUGAAACAACACUGAAUCCCACAUGACUGCUAAUUUUUCCUAGCCUUGCUAAAGCUUAAAAACAAAGUUGAAAAACUGAUUGUGAAAUAAUAAUCCACAUACGUUUUUCAAUUAUUAAUCAAUACUAUUUUUUAAAGUCUUAUAUUCGUGAAUGACUUCAAACAUAUAUAGUCAUACAAAGUAAUUUGUUAUCGUAAAUUCUUUUCUUAAAUUUUUAAAAUUAGUUACAAUUUAUUUAUUUUAAAAUUUGGUUUUUUUUAGCAUUUUAAAUUAAAACUAUAUUUUUUUUUUAAUAUAGAUCUUCAUAAUAUAAACACUCAAUAAAGUUGCUAAAAUUUCUUUACAAUGCUACACAUGAAAAGUCAAAUUUGUUUUUAUUUAAGAUUCUGUGGAUGUCCAAUAACAAAGUUGGUGAAUGGUCAGAGUUCAACAAAUUGGUGAGUUGACCCAUGUAGAUCGGUCAUGUAGGUGGCUGUAGAAGAUGGAUCAUAUGUUUUUCCUUUGAAUGUCAAAAAAAUGUGUAACACUGGUAAUCAAGAAAUAUCAAAAUUUCUGAAUAUAUUACAAUAACCACAAUAUAGUCUAUAUUUUAUUAAAACGGUUUUUUUUGUUUUUGUUUUUUUUAAGGCCGAGAUGCCUUGUCUUGAAGAUCUUCUUUUUGUUGGUAAGUUGCUUGAAGGUGAAUUUACAAAGCUUAACAAUAAUACAAUAUACUUAUUAAAUGCACAUGAUGUAUCCAAUCUUACAAGAUUGAAUAUAAAACUUUAUUUACGAGAGAAUAAUUGACUAGCAUUAAAAAAUCAAAACGUUAUCUGAGUGCUACUGUGUGUUGCAUUGUACAACUGUUGAAAUUAUUGCAUGCUCAUUGCUUUCUGUUUUAUCUAUUAAAUUUAUUGUUGACCCAAUUAAUGUUCAGCUAAUCAUCAACACAAUUAAUGUUAGUAAUCUUUAACUCCUUUAAUGUUCAGUUUAUCAAUGAUUCCAUUAAUGUGCAGGUAAUCCCCUUGAGGAAAAACAUUCAUCUGAUGGAACAUGGAAAGAUGAGGUAGCUAAGAAACUCCCUAAAUUGAAGAAAUUGGAUGGUAAGCUAAGAGUUUUUUUUUUUACAUGCUAUAAAAGUAGAUUAUAUUAUCAUAUUUUUCAAAUACAUUUAUUGUUUCCAGUUAUUAGAUCAAAUCAGUGACAUAGUUUUCAAGCACUUGUGUUUUUUCAAGAAACUUUAUCUGCCACUAAAUUUGAAAAAUGGGAAACUGAAACUAUUAUCAUGGGUUGAACAGUUCUUUAAGGAAUGUUUUUGAAAUCGUUAAAUUAAAUUUAGAAGUUUGUUAGGUUCGUUCCACAUUGAGACAUACCAGGUGCAUCAAUUUCCUUUUUUCUUCCCAGGUGUCCCCAUUGUACGGCAAGAGGAGGAGGAAUAACUAAACUAAAUAUUGGUUGGAUUAACAGAGAGUAUCACUUGCCAUGAAUACAUUUAAAUGAUUUGUGAUUGUGAUCAGAAAUUUAAAUUUGUUUGAAUGAUAUGAAGCUGGCAUGCAGAAUAACUGUAAAAAGAAUGUGAAAUUGAGAGCUUCGUUUGAAUGGAAAUUAUAGUGAAAUUUAAUUGCAGAUGUUAUGGGAAAAUAAUUGCUUGUAAACAUUUUACAAUUCAUCGCUUGGUGGAUAUUGACUGUUUUUGUUAGAAACUGUAAAUUAAAGUCAUUCUUAAAAUAAUAUUUGUAAAAAUACCAUUUACCGGUUCAUAAUAAUUCUGAGAAAUGAAAUGGACAGCAGUCUUGAUUUGCCAGAACAAAGGUUUUUAUAGUAACUAAAGAUCUCUUUAUACCAUUGUCUAAAAUAUUGGUCCCAAAUCCUUACUCUUGCUGCACUUGCAUGCAACUAUUGUCAAUUAUAUAUAUUUUCAUUAUAUCCAUUAAAGACAUUUUGCUCCAGUUAACAAUUGUAAAAAAUUUAUGCAUUUGGUCAUAUCAUUUCACAUCAUCUCAUCAGUAUUUUUAGCAUAGCCUGAUGUUAAAAUGCCCGAAAGAUUUUCUGUGAAUUAUAUUUUCCCCUUUCAGAACUAUUAAUUAUGACAGUUUGGUUCAUUGCAUAAAUGUGUUAAUGAUUAAAAGUCAGCUCUAUUCAUUAUUCAU